AAAUCAAGGCGCGCACUCUGAGGAAAAUAUAGUCCCUGCCGUUUUAAGUCCCCCCCUCGUCCCCUCCGGAGGGGCGGGCGCGCUGCGGGAGGCGGCGACUCGGCUCCUGGGCGGAGCGGGGGCCGCCUGGGGCCCCCGGGCGCAGCGCUGACGGGGGGGGGCUGGGGCGGAGUCCCCCCCCCUAGUUUGGCGGAAAGUGAGUGAUGAGUCUGUGUCCCUAGCAAAGAGGCAAAGAACUUGCUGUGCAGCCUGAGUAGUUGUUUCUUUCGAUUCUUGUUGUGGCUUUUUUUUCUUUUUUUUUCUUUUCUUUUAAAUUGCGCUGCUCGGGGUGGGCUUGCCUGAGGGGAGGGGGGGUUGGUUGGUGGCUGCGGAGGAAAAACCAAACCCCCCCCCCCCACACUCCUCCUCCUCCUCCUCCUCCCCGAGAGCCAACGGAACAAAAACAAAAGAAACUUCGCCGGGCUCCGAAAGUGGCAGCAAAGUGCCUGGCAAGUUGCGGGGAUGGAGCUACAGAGCUUGCAAGAGGCGUUAAAAGUGGAAAUCCAGUGUCACCAGAAACUAGUUGCACAGAUGAAGCAAGAUCCACAGAACGGUGAUCUUAAGAAACAAAUCCAUGAAAGGCAAUCAAGAAUAGCAGCUCUUAAUGAAAAACAAGUUUCCUCACCGGACAAACAGAAGCUGGCGGUGCGGAGCUGCCCCGCGGCGGUGCUGGUGGGAAGCGGGGGCAGCGGAAACACCAAGCCCGGCGGCGGGGUCCCUGCGCUUCUCAAAGCGCCCGCCGGCGGCGGCGGCGGCAGCCAGAGCCAGAGCCUGGCCAUCUCCGUCCUGCCGGCCAAGGCGCCCAUCGCGAUGGUGACCGCGCACAUCAACGGGGGGCUGGGCUGCAGCGCGGCCGGCGUGGAGCCCCCGCAGAGCGCCCCCAUCAACCUGCAGACCACGGCCAAGCUGGUGACCGCCCGGAGAGCGCCCGAGCUCGGCUCCCGCUCCCAGGCUUUGGGAACUAUCACUACAGUGCCCAUUAAAGUUCCUCAGGUCAGCUCCUUGCAGAGGUUGGCAGGACAAGGACCAGCAGUGCUACCUCAGGUUAGGCCAAAGACCCUGAUUCCAGACAGCCUUCCUAUUUCCUCAUGCAGAGACCAACUUUCCAAACAGCCUCCUACUUUCCAAAAGGCAACAGUAGUGAGCAUCAAAAACCCUAGCCCUGCCCUCCCCACUGCCAAUAAUACUGUCAGCCAUGUACAGACGCCUAACAGCCAAUCACAAAGUGUGGCCGAGUCUACAUCUAUCUCAUCACCUCUGAGCAGUGCAGGUGUGGCCUAUGCCAUUAUAUCCACCUCCCCCAACAAUGCAACUCCUAUCAGCACGAGCGCUACCGUCUCUGUGGUCAACGAUAGCAUCAAAGUGCAACCACUCCUCAUUAGUGCUGACAGCAAGGUUAUCAUCAUUCAGCCUCAAGUCCAGACCCAAACAGAAAAUAAAGUGGAAACAAAGAAACCGCCUGAAGAGUCACCUCAGGGACCCCCUGCUACCAAAAAGAAAAAGGAGGAAAAUCCAGAGAAAAUUGCCUUUAUGGUAGCAUUAGGCCUGGUUACAACAGAACACUUGGAAGAAAUCCAGAGCAAGCGUCAGGAAAGAAAGAGAAGAAGCACAGCAAAUCCAGCCUAUAGCGGACUCUUGGAAACUGAGCGGAAACGCCUUGCAUCAAAUUAUUUGAAUAACCCCUUGUUCCUUUCAGCAAGAGCAAAUGAGGAUCCAUGUUGGAAGAAACUUGUGCUUGCUUGCUUUUACUGUGGACUUGAAGGACAAAAUGAAAUCCACCACGAUGAACACUGUACAGCAUGUAAGCGUGGCAUUAACUUGCAACCAUGUGGCACAUGUCCAAGAGCAUAUCAUCUCAGUUGCUUGGACCCUCCUCUUAAAACUAUCCCCAAAGGGGUUUGGGCCUGCCCAAAGUGCCAACAAAAGGUAUUAAAGAAAGAUGAAAAUGUGCCAUGGACUGGAACUCUGGCUAUUGUUCAUUCCUAUGUUACUCAUAAAACAGUCAAAGAAGAAGAGAAGAGAAAAUUAUUAAAGAAAGGCAGCGAGCUGAAGAGCGAACAUAGACAGUUGGAAGAGAAAGAGAGACUUCUCAACAAUGCGGUUAAAAAAUGCUUAGAGCUAAAAAACAGCCUGUUGGCCCAGCAGAAAGGGACUCAGUCAUCGCUGGAACGUCUCAAAACUCUCAUUAGACUGAUACAAAAUGAGCAGAUGAUUCAGGUUACCAUGACGACAACCACCACCUCCUCCCUGCUAACUGUCCCCUGGAUCAAACCCUCAUCGGCCUCUGCUGCCAAGCACAAAGCCUUGCAGCAAUCACAGGGUAACAACUGACAGAGCUGUCUGGGGAAAAUGGAAAAAAAAAAACUUUAUACACGCGCAAAGGAGAGAUUAAACUGAAACAACGGGAAAUGAAGGAAACAAAAAACAAUCUCAUUUUUUACACAUGUAGAACUUAAGCCAAUCAGUCCAGUUUGUAGGUCACUCUGGCAGCAACUUCUCACAGAGCAGAUUUUGCUGCAGUUUUGUAUUUGCCAAGACCUUCAGUGCUUAUGAGAUUUGUUUUGUUAUGUUGGCCUUAAUGUAUUUAUGAAUAAGAAGGAAAAGAAAUAGUAUGGCUGAUAGAAAGUGAAGUAUCCUUUUUGGAGGGCAGACAAUUUUACAAGUUUGCUUUAAAGGGAAAAAUUUUAAAUACAAAGAGUUAGUAAACUAGUAGGGAGGUAGCUGGGCUUAAAGCUGUUUGCGGGAGGAAACUGGUAAUAUAAAAAGAGCCGGAACUACUUAGGACUUGACAUGGAUUCUUAGCAAAGUGAACAAGGUCUGCCUCACUGAUUCAGGUGAACUGAAGAUGGGCCGUUUGACAAGAAUGACGUCAUGGGACGCUCACAGAGCCUUUAAAACAAAAAGAUCAUUUUUUUCAGUAUUAUAGCUGAAUUGCAGAUAUUUAAAUUAAAAACCUGUAUGAAGUUAGCGUUUCUAGUAAAAUAUUGAAGUAUUUUCAUGCUGAUGCUUCUGUAUAUGCGUUCUGAAGUAUUUAAAGAGGUAUGACUGUAAAAUUCCUUACUUUUUUGCAGGUCCUUUUUACUUAUUUUGCUAUUGAUGUAUUUUUCUCAUGGAGUUUUUGUGCAAGAUUUAGCAUAAACCAUAUAGUGGAUAGCUUUGGCAGGUUGGGUUCAGUUUGGUUUUAUUUUUUUUGGUUAUGUUUUGAACCUUUUUUUUUUUUAAAUAAAAGCAAAUAAAGAUUGAUUUUCUUUUAUUGCCAGUACAGAUAAUAUGCCAAAAAAUAAUUUUACAUUUUUGUACUGCGUUUUUAUUGUAAAAAUAGGUAACAUGGAAAAAAGCUGGUGGGGUGUUUGUUUGUUUGUUUGCAGGAAUAUCUGCAAAAAUGGUACAGGAAAAAAAACUGCCUCAAGGGGUUGUUUGUCAUAUUGGAUAAUAGCAAGAAUUUUGGGGGAAGGGUGGACUGUGGAAGAUUAAGGGUUUGCUGGGGUUUUGCAAACUUAAUUCCUUUUUAAAUUUUGUUGAUUUGUAACACAUUUGAAAAUGUUUAGUAUUAGUCUGAGAAAAUCUUAGAGCUCCUGCUUGUUUCACUAGUGAGUCUUCCUGAUACUACAAGGGUCAGUCUGGCGCCUUCGUAGGCCACAGGCCUAUCCUGUAAUCCUGAGGCCUACCUCGGAAGUUAGUGAUGGGCAACCCCUUUUCCUCUAACAAUGCAGAGUUUCACACAACCACUGAUUCCAUUCUCCGAUCCUUUAGUUACUUAGCACAACAGGUAUGAAACAAAACAAAAGCAAGGAACCACUAGAACAUGACACACAGCUAGUCUCUCACAUCAGCAUAUGACAUGGUGCCGAAUGUCAUUUUUUUUUAAAUGAGGGACUGGCCUUUUCAGUUGCCCAUCACUAGGCAGCACAUGGUCCCCUUCAACCAUUUUCACAACUCCGGGAGAAACUGUGCAGUACUAUACAAAUCUAUUUUAAUACACUUAACACUCAGUUGAACAAGAUUUUUAUAUUCUUUUAUUGAUGAACAAAGUGAAUUAAGUAAAACACAAUUGUUAUACAUUGAUUAUUGUAUGCCAAUUAUGCAUUCUAAUGUGGCUUGCAAUGUAAGUGUUUUCAGGUUUAAUGUUUUUUUUUCUUCUCAGACAAAUUUAAAAAAGGAAAAUAUGGAAGGUUGAACAUGUGAAGAAUUUCUGAAGACGUGUCUUGGACUGUUAAAAGUAGUUAUUUUGAAAAGGGGACUGUCCAGUGGAUAGUGUGCAUAGAAAAAAAGUGUUUGUCUUAAAUAUGCCAAUGUAGUUUUACUUCUUUAUGAUGCAUUAAACUUGACUGACAAUUUAA